CGUCUUCCAGUUACAGCUCUUACACAUACACACCUACUACCCGAAAGGUAAUAAUAAUAAUAUUGGCUUGAGUCCUCUUCUUGUCUUCAAGAAAGCAUGGGCUCGAUCAAUAAGCAAAUCUCGCGUUACGAGACAACCGCAGUGUACACACACCCUGAUGCCAAGGUAGAUAUCGUUCUCGUCCAUGGACUCAACGGCGAUCCGCAGAAGACAUGGACGGCCAAGAAUAACGUCUUCUGGCCUACCGACUUACUUCCAACUUCCCUCAGAGAUGCCCGCGCGAAUAUCCUCGUCUAUGGAUAUAAUGCCGAUGUAUACUCGAAGAAGCACGGGUCAACCCCGAGCGAUAACUUCAUUUACGUACAUGCGCAGACAUUACCUAGGCGGGAUCUUGGUGAAGCGCGCUCUUUUAUAUUCCAACGACCUAAGGUCCUCGCAGCAUGAAGACUACCGAUCUAUAUAUGUAUCUACUUUGAGAGCAGAAAUGCGCCAGGCUAUAGAACUAUAGCUACCGCCCUUAGAGAUUGGGUU